AUCGGCCCAAGAACACGUGUCGCUAAUGCUAAUCAUGAAUUGGAGGGCCUAAAAUCGGAGAGUCCAUUGUUAGUUUGACGAUGAAUACAUAGUGUAUCAUUCAUCCAUUCAUCUGACUGAAGAGGAAGCUGAGGCUGAAGCUUAGAAAUUAUCGAUCCCUCACCGUCGCCUAGUUUAAUUUAUAGUUAGUUCGACCAACCCUAACCCUCUUAAUUUUUCCACUGCACUCACUCUCUACUCUCUUUCGACGAUAACAAUGACAGCUCUCUCAAAUUCUUUGGUUCUAACGACAAAUCCUGGGGUUCAGUUAUCUCCUGGCCCAUUGGAUAAAUGUCUCCAGAGUUCCAUGCUCACCAAUUUGUCAUUGGAUAAAUGUCUCCAGAGUUCCAUGCUCACCAAUUUGUCAUUCAGUUUGAAUUGUCCAGGAAAACUGCAACUUACUACCUCCAGAAGGGCAUUCACAGUUAAAGCAGCAAAUAGUGACACUGGAAGGCCAAGCAGUGCUGGUAUCUUUGUUGGUGGCUUUGUUUUGGGAGGACUUAUAGUUGGUGCACUUGGAUGCGUAUAUGCACCUCAGAUUAGCAAGGCAUUAGCUGGAACUGACCGAAAAGAUCUUAUGAGGAAACUCCCUAAAUUCAUAUAUGAUGAAGAAAAGGCUCUGGAGAAAACCCGAAAGAUAUUAACUGAGAAGAUUGCACAACUGAACUCUGCUAUUGAUGAUGUUUCUGCUCAGCUUCGAUCAGAAGAUACCCCAAAUGGAGUGGCAGUUAAUUCUGAUGAAAUUGAAGCUGCUAUAUGAGAUGGACACUGUACGUGUUACCGAGUAGAUCAUCUCACCCACUUGUAAUCUUAUGGCUAUAAAUAAUAGCUGAAGCCUGAACUGAUUGCGAUGUCUUCUUCUUCUUCUUCUUAACCGAGCAGUGUGGUUGUUUGUUUAAUUGUUUGUGGAGUCUCAAGUGGGUACAUAUAUCAUGACUUGUAUGAUGCAUCAUUUGGACCUUACUUUCAUAUAAGCUGUGAUUUUGGUGCC